CCUUUUGAUAGAAUGCAGUUUUAAAUUAUUAUUAAGUUGACAUCAUUUCAGAGGACUGGAACUCCCUGUCUGGUCAAAGGUCGACAUUUAUCAGCAGAGAUUCUGGAUAAGAUUAACUUUGAUUUUAUAUGCUUUUGUUGAUAUAUGUUGAUAUAUAUAUAUAUAUAUAUAAAUGUUGAGCAGCUUUUAACUGAGACUUUACUGUAAAUGAGGAAACACAGUUUGAAUCCACAGUGCGGCUCCUCGUCCUGAUAACCGUCUCUGUUCAUUAAACACAACAAGCUCCACUCUGGGAUUUCAUGGUUCUCUUCAUUCAGAUUUACAGGUUGUAGAUGGGUGUAACCAACAUAUGACGCAGGACAGAGCUGUCAGGCUGCAUUUAUGACUGAAUGACGUGUUCAGAUCAAAGUUCAAACUCAUUAAACUCAUCAGCAAGUGAAGCUCAGACAGUCGUUGCCUCUGACAGCUGAAAUGGCACAGAGAGGAGAUCAGCUGGACCGAGAAACACUCAGCUGUUCGAUCUGUCUGGAUCUACUUAGGGAUCCGGUGACUAUUCCCUGUGGACACAGCUACUGUAUGAGAUGUAUUAAAGUAUUCUGGGAUGGAGAGAAUCAGAGGAGGAUCUACAGCUGCCCUCAGUGCAGAGAGGCCUUCACACCGAGGCCUGUCCUGAAGAAAAACACCAUGUUAGCAGCUUUAGUGGAGCAGCUGAAGGAAAAGACUGAGAGGCAGAGAGAGCUCGAGGUGAGUCGACUAAACAUCCAGCAGAGAAUCCAGGAGAGAGAGAAAGAUGUGAAGCUGCUUCAACAGCAGGGGGAGACCGUCAGUCGCUCUGCUGAUAAAGCAGUGGAGGACAGUGAGAAGAUCUUCACUCAGCUGAUCCGUCUCCUCCAGAAAAGAAGCUCUGAUGUGAAGCGGCAGAUCAGAUCCCAGCAGCAAACUGAAGUGAGUGGAGUCAAAGAGCUUCAGGAGAAGCUGCAGCAGGAGAUCACUGAGCUGAAGAGGAAAGACGCUGAACUGAAGCAGCUCUCACACACAGAGGAUCACAACCAGUUUCUACACAACUACCCCUCAGUGUCACAACUCAGUGAACCUACAGACUCAUCCAGCAUCAAUAUCCGUCCUCUGAGAUACUUUGAGGAUGUGACAGCAGCUGUGUCAGAGCUCAGAGAUAAACUACAGGACAUCCUGAGGGACAAAUGGACAAACAUCUCAAUGACAGUGACUAGAGUGGAUGUUUUACUGCCACAACCAGAACCAGAACCCAAGACCAGAGCUGAGUUCUUAAAAUAUUCACGUGAAAUCACUCUGGAUCCAAACACAGCAAACACAAAGCUGUUAUUAUCUGAGGGGAACAGAAAAGUAGAAUAUACAUAUCCACUACAGUCUUAUUCUAGUCACACAGACAGAUUCACUAAUCAUCCUCAGGUUCUGAGUAAAGAGAGUCUGACUGGACGUUGUUACUGGGAGGUGGAGCGGAGAGGAGGAGUUUAUGUAGCAGUCGCAUACAAGAAUAUCAGCAGAGGAGGAAGUGAAUCUCUAUUUGGACAUAAUGACAAAUCUUGGUCUUUAAUUUGUUCCACUAACAGGUAUGGAUUCUGCUUCAACAGCAUUAAAACUCUCGUCUUAGGUCCUCGUUCCUCCAGAGUCGGAGUGUACCUGGAUCACAGAGCAGGUAUUCUGUCCUUCUACAGCGUCUCUGAAACCAUGACUCUCCUCCACAGAGUCCAGACCACAUUCACUCAGCCUCUCUAUGCUGGACUUUGGAUUGGAGACACAGCUGAGUUGUGUAAAGUGAAAUAGACAGAAGUCAUUUCAGAUUUCAUGUGUCAGAUGUUGUAAUCAUAGACUGUAUAUAAGAAAUGGACGUAACAUCCGUGACGUCACCCAUUGGUUUGUGGACUGCUGCUCGGAGGCCAAUAGUAUCGGAUCUGAGCAGCUCCAUCUUGAUAAUUUCAGGUGCAUGCUGGGUAAAAUAAAAACAUGGAUUCUACUUAUAUGAGCAUCAGGAGGGGCAUGAGGCGCCCUCCUGAAGACCGGAGCUCCCUGCCUGGUCAGAUGUUGUAAUUCAUGUUUUUGUCUCCAUGUUUUUGAGCUAAUAGGGAUAUUCAACUUAUUAACACUUAAUUUAUCUUUAUGUAUGUGUUGUUGAUAUUUUUAGUUGUUUUUUUUUCAGGCUCUCACUGCUCAUCACCAUGUUUUUAAACCUUCACUGACAUUUCUUCAGAUGAAAAUGUGAACUUCUCUUUGUUCUAAAUGUUAGGUUCAUGUUUGUAUUGAUGUAUUUGUGUCUGUUGUUUCUUAACCCUCCUGUUGUCCUCGAGUCAAGGAAGGAAGGAAAGAUGGAAGGAUGGAAGGGAGGAAGAAAGAAGGAAAGGAGGGAGGUAGGAAGUAAGGGAAGGAAGGAGGGAAGGAAGGAAGGAAGGAAGG